GCCAUCGUGGACUCCUCGCAGUCUCCUCACCUGGCCGCGCUGGCAACGCAUUUCAGGCCAAACAGGCCUCUAUCAUUGCUCUGAUGAAGCUUAAAUACUCUGAUCAUGGGUGACCCGAGUACACAUCGUCUGCCGAGGGCCCAUAUGUCCCUCAUUAACAGUGCCUUAUAGUCCACGCAACGUGUGCUACAGCACCAGUUCAGCGCUUAUCGGUUGAUCGAACUCUGCAGCUUGUCGGCCCUCUGUCUUUUGGCUGUCCUUGUCCAUCACGCUACCUAGCUAGCCCAGGCUAGCCCUUAAAUACGUGGCAAGGUUGACUACACGUUCAGCCAAGGCGCGUCCUAACAACGGUGCCUAACGUUCUGUGAUCGGACACGAUCGGGCUCCCAGCGAUCCAGAUCAUCAGUCAAAAAGUCGAGGAAAGCUGUACGGGUUCAUUCCGGGUCAUUAACAUGUCCUCCUCGCCAACUUCUGGCCACCACGAAUGGUCAUCGUUACUUAUCUUUGUCUGGAAGUCAUACUGGCGCUGAUGUACUUCAGCGGAAACUAUGGCAACGUGGUUUGCUUUCCUAUGAGCAUGCACGCUCACACUGUUCUAUGCAUCUCCGGGACUAAUCACUCAGACGUCAGAUCUCUUCCAAUGAGCGUUAUGGGGAUCCUGCCGAUUCAAGAAGUGCAGUUCAGUGCCUAUGUCAAGUUGACGCAUCCCCGCGGUGCCAUGCUUUGCCAUCCUGAUCGUGUGAUAGAGACGCGUUGGCAGAGUAGAAUUUGUUGGCGGUAUCAGGCGGUAUCGCUAGCUGGGUAUGCAAGCAUGUGGGCGCCCAGGACAAUGUCUGGUACAAAAGCUGCAGAUCCACAGGCGGUGACCAACAACUCGCCUUUCUCCGCUUCAGCUUCUGGUCAAGCACUUUCAAGCGCUUCUAUCUAUUGAACUUGUCUAGAUCGACACUCGUCUAUAACAUACACUCUUUCAUCCCGUCACCAACACAACCUGUUCCUACCAUGUUCGUUCAAGGACUCGCCACUCUCGCCCUCGCGCUCUCCGCCAGCGCCUUCGCUCUGCCCUUCAGGCGCCAGGCAACAUCUACCACUGAUGUCUCUUCCUCUACCACCGACGUCCCUACCACGACUGUCCCAACUAGCACUCCCGUCCCUACGACCUCGGUUGCCCCCUCCACGACUUCCACCUCCUCGUCCGUCGCACCUACCUCGACGCUCCCCGCAUACCUCGUCGGUACCCAAACCGGUGACGGCACCUAUUACGCCCCCGGACUCGGCGCGUGUGGCAUCUCCAACACCAACGCGGACAUGAUUGCUGCGGUAUCGCACCUCCUGUACGACACAUUCCCUGGCUACACCGGCACAAACCCGAACAACAACCCCAUCUGUGGGCACACUGUCACUGCUUCCUACGGCGGCAGCAACGUGACCGUCGCGAUAACGGACCGCUGCACCGCGUGCGCGAUCACCGACCUCGACUUUGCGCCCGCCGCGUUCGACAAGCUCGCGUCUGAGACCGUCGGCCGCAUACACGGCGUCACUUGGGUCUGGGAUGAUCUCCCCGCCGACCUUUAAGCGCAUUAUUGAAUGAUGGGCUUACUGAGGGGUUUCUUCUUUUAAGAUUAUUUGUUUAUUUAUACUGGGUUCGACUGUUGGCAUCGGGUGUAUUUAUUACAUGGGUUCCGGGUAGCUGAGCUGCCUGUAUUCAAGAUUAUGUAUUAUCUUGUAGAAAAGGGUAGAGCGGAGGAGGCGUGUGGUUUUG